UUUCUCCUUGCUUAGAGAUUUUUCCUCUGUGCUACAUUGGUCGUAAAUAUAUUAUAAAAGAAAAAGCAGGAUUUGUGACUGAGAUCUAUACAGCCCUAUACAAGAGCUGCCAAGGUCUCAGCAUCUUUCUGAGAAAUACUCAGACCACCUGCUGCACCUUCGUGGGUACACGACAUCUUGACUGGACUUUGAACGGUGUCACGGCACACUGAGAGGCCUCCAAGAUUCCGGUGCCAACCAAGUUUAGGCCCACAUUCAGGAGAGACUGUAUGGUGGGCGAAGGAAGCAUGAAUGAGAGAGGCCACCUCUCCAAGCGACGCCCUCGCACUUGGGCUCCUGGAUCUCGUUCCAUUCGGCCGAGCAUGAACCAGAAGCCGGCAUCCCAGUCUGCAUCUGCCUCCCCCAAGACUGUGGAGAGACCCAUUGAAGCUGAAGGAGUUUACUCUAACGAGCGUUUCGUGCAUGCAGUAACGUCUAUUAUCGGCUGUACCACUCAGGUGCUCACGAGCAGUGGCUCACUUUAUGAGGGAAUCCUGCGUGCCUUUUCUCCCAAGUUUGAGGUGUGCUUGGAGAUGGCUCACCUGGUGGACCCAAAGAAACCCGAAGAUGUCGAUAAGUCCAAGCUGGUCAACACCCUCCUCCUUAGCCCUCAAGACAUAGUGCACAUUUCUGCCAAGAAUGCCAGCCUUGAUUAUGCUACAAAAGGCAUUCGCUUCAAUGGGGAGAUCUGCGAGCGAGAGCUGGAACCCUGGGAGGGCCCCUCCAUUGAUGGAGAUGAUUUGCAAUUGGAGAAUGAUCCUAAUGGAUGGGAUGCACAAGACAUGUUCCGUACAAAUGAGGAGAACUUCAACGUGAAGUCGACAUACGAGCCCACGAUGCGGGAAUACACGGUAGCCAUCCACCAAAAUGACUCGGAUGAAUUUCGAUGGCGAGAGAAGGAGGCACAACGCCUAGCCUCUGAGAUUGAGCAGAACCCAACCUCUCGGACCAGAGGCGAAGUCGAGAACGGAGACGACGAGGAUCGGUUUUCGGCCGUGGUACGGCCAUCUGGAUCUCCGAACCAGGGCGGUGGUAAGUACGUUCCACCACAGCGGCGACGUGGAGCUCCAAACAACUCCAGCAGGCCAGUAGUGCCCCGCCACCAGCAGCAGCAGCAAGCUCCUCAACAACAGCACCCAGUCAGCCCUCCAGUGGCACAACAAGCUGCAACCCACCAGCCCAACACUUCAACCUAUGCACAUCCCUUCCCCAAUGCCAACACAACCCAUAUGGCAAAUGAUGCUGGGAAGCCAUAUGAGCCAGAAGAUGACAUUAAGGAGAGUACCAACAUGGAGAAGGCUACAAAAGGUCCAGAGGGUGCCCUUCCGCAGCGAACGGAUGCAGCCGACAGACGCUCGGAGCGAGCAAGAGAACGAAAUCGGGACCGUGUAGAGAAAGACAAGGAGAAGGAACCACCAGAGCCAGGGAAGAAACUGCAACCAGCUGAAAAGAAGGGCUCCCCCACUUCCUCCAAAGUUCACACUCCUGUUGCAGGAGAUCCUAAAGUGACAGAGCUGAAGAAGUUCCAGCAGGAAUUCCAAUUGGUGGUGCCACACUCGGCGGGAGCCAGCACUGGCAUGAUUCCCGAGUCGCACCAGUCUCCUGUCCCGCUCGACGAGAUGCCCGAGCAGAAGAUGAAACCGAUGGACUCCCCCCCAGAUGGAAGCAAUGUUUCAACUCCCAUUGGCCUGGAUCCUGGGGAAGAAGAGAAGGGAGGAGGUGGGGUGAAGAAAUCCACCCUUAAUCCCAAUGCCAAGGAAUUUGUUCUCAAUCCCAAUGCCAAGGCCUUCACCCCGCGUUCCCCAAGUACCUCAACACCCCCACAAGUGCUGACCCCACAGAUUCCUCAGGGGAUCCAGGCCCCAGCAGCCCUGAUUCCGGCUGCAUUCCCACCCCAGCAGUCGUUCCCUGGGGCACCGGGGCACCCGCUCGGGGGUGGGCCACCCCCGCCGCUCCCAUCGUACAUCCUUCCUGCCCUGCAGCAGUAUGUGGUCUCAGUGGGGCCCCAUCUCGCUGGAGGGGUGUCGGCAGGGAUCCCGAAUCACAGCAUGGGCAUGGCUCAUCAUCAGACCCAGCCUAUUUUCACGCAUGCUGUGACCAAGCCCCCUCGCUUCAAUAAGAUGGGUGGGUCUGGUGGACCUGGAGGCGGAGGUGGUGUUGGAGGUGGCAGCAUUAACAUGGGAGGGGGUGGUGGCAUGGUCCAGGCUAGAUCUUCAGAUAUCACCCCACAGGUGGCAGCUGCCACUGGUCAGCCACUUCUUGCCCCUGCAGCUGCUGCUGCCCUCAGUCCACAUCUGGCUCACCUUUACCAGGGUGCCCUCUCACACACCCAAGCCUAUCCGCCUCAACUCUACAUGAUGACGACGCCUCAGGGAACGAUCCCAGUGAUGCAGGCGCCUGCAGGUGCACACAACUUCUCCUCCUCGGACUCAGGUGGCCUGGGACCGCCGGUCUCUGUAGCUGGAAUGCACCCCAUGUUCAUGCCCACCCAGCACAUCCCACCGACACAGACUCCACCUGGGACGGGGGUCCAGGCAGGCCCCGGUGGGGGCGGUGGAGGACAGCAACAGGGACAGAGCACGACACCACGAGCCACCCCUGGCCCUCCCCCGAUGCAGGGGCCCACCUCGCUCGUCUACCCGCCGACGACCCUCUCCCCGGGCCACGUUCUCCUCUUCCCAACGCCUGGUCCAUUUUCACAGGGCGGAGGUGGUGGGGGCUUAGGGGGAUCUGGGGCCGGUGGUCCACCGGGCCAGGGUCCCCAUCAUCCCAUGCUCAUGUCUCAAGGCAUGGUCUCAAGUCCUAUGCAAAUUCAGCCCAUGUUCAUUCAACACCCCCAGGCCAUAGAAGAAUGGUACAAGCCACUACCACCAUGUGAGAUGAUGGAAUUUGGUGGAAGUGGUGGGGAUCCAUGCCGGGAGUGUACGAGCAGCACGAGCCCACCCGUCCUCCCGAACCAAAAUAUCCUAUGGCCCCCUCCUGCUCCUGGUUCAUUUCUUAUCUCCCACCUCCCCUACCUCCUGAAACAAGGUCGGAACCCAGCUCGACCCUUUGUGAACCACCUUCGCUCGCCCUUCCUCUACAACUCACCCCAGACUUGAUGGCACCAGCCCUCUCCUUCCCGUUCCUCCCUCUACCGCUUCUUCAUAUGCCGCCAACACUAUGUCCACAUCUGAUUUUGCUUUAGAAGAUGAGAGUAAUGGUAAUGAUAGGCAACAGAACCUUUUUUUGUUGAGGAAACUCACUGAUUAUGCUGCCAUUGCUAGCUGAUUGCUAUUGAGAGUUUUCCAGGAAUAAUAUUAUCGUAAAUACCGAUUUAAAGUUACCCAGG